AUGGACCAGACUCAGUCCUACAGGAGGACAUGGACCAGACUCAGUCCUACAGGAGGACAUGGACCAGACUCAGGUCUACAGGAGGACAUGGACCAGACUCAGUCCUACAGGAGGACAUGGACCAGACUCAGUCCUACAGGCGGACAGGGACCAGACUCAGUCCUACAGGUGGACAUGGACCAGACUCAGUCCUACAGGAGGACAGGGACCAGACUCAGUCCUACAGGAGGACAGGGACCAGACUCAGUCCUACAGGGCCUGGUCAUCAACGGUCUGGUCAACACGGUGGUGACGACCAUCGAGCGGCGCUUCGGCCUCAGCAGCGAGCAGAGCGGCCUGAUGGUCAGCUCCUUCGACAUGGCCUCCUGCCUCUCCCUGCCCCUGGUCAGCUUCUGUGGGGGCAGGGGGCACAGGCCUCGCUGGCUGGGCUGGGGGGUGCUGGUCCUCGGGGUGGGCUCCCUGCUGUUCGCUCUGCCACACUUCACCGCAGGACCGUACCAGGCCUCAGCCCAGGACCAGGACCAGCUGUGCUCUCCCAACAGGACUGGGUCUGGAUCCGGGUCCGGGUCUGGGUCUGGGUCGGACUCGGGGUACGUGUAUGUGUUUGUCCUGGGGCAGCUGCUCCAUGGUCUCGGGGCGACUCCUCUGCUCACUUUAGGAUUCACUUUUCUGGACGAGAACGUGGCACCGCCCAACGCUCCACUUUACAUGGGUCUCUUCUACACAGCCGCCAUGUUGGGUCCUUCGGUCGGUUUCCUGCUCGGGGGAUACUUCCUCAGCUUUUACUCUGAAGUCACAAACACCACAGACCUCAGUCCCUCCAGCCCCCUCUGGGUCGGCGCCUGGUGGAUCGGCUUUGUUUUGGGAGGAGCUCUGUGUCUGCCAGUGGGACUCUUCCUCCUGGGGUUCCCCUCCAAACUACCAGGCUCCCAAGGGCCAGGAGCCAAAGAGCCCAGAGAGGAGAGACCCAGAGAGGAGAGACCCCGAGAGGAGAGACCCCGAGAGGAGAGACCCCGAGAGGAGAGACCCCGAGAGGAGAGACCCCAUGAGGAGAGACCCAGAGAGGAGAGACCCCAUGAGGAGAGACCAAGAGAGGAGAGACCCAGAGAGGAGAAGGCCUUGGGAAGAGCUCUCAGAGACAUGCCAAAAUCUCUGGUGCUGCUGCUGAAGAACCCUACCUUCCUGUGUCUGUCUCUGGCUGGAGCCGCGAUGGCCGGUCUGCGCUCGGUUCUGGGGUCCUUCACACCCAAGUACUACGAGGCCCAGUUCAGACUCAGCUCUUCACAAGCAGCUUUCAUCUGUGGCAUGGCCUCGUUCCCUGCGACCGUCGGGGGGAGCUUCGGAGGCAGUUUCGUGGUGAAAGUGUUUCGGCUCCGGAGCCUCGGCAUCAUUCGCUUCUGCCUCCUGUGCUCAGUGGCCAACGCUCUGCUCCUCCUGGUCUUCCUCAUUCACUGCCCCACGGUCAGGCUCGCCGGGGUCACUGCACCCUAUGCACCAGAUCCGGAUCAGGACCAGUCUCUGCAGCAGACCAGAUGGUCCCUGCAGCUCUGGUCUCAGUGUAAUGGUCCCUGCAGCUGUGAUGGACAGGUCUUCAGUCCAGUUUGUGGAGACGAUGACCUCAUGUUCUUCUCUCCAUGUUUCGCUGGAUGCAGCUCCAGCAACAGCAGCUCCGGGAAACAGACUUAUCCAGAGACGCUGAACUGA